CGUGUGAGGGAGCCGCUUUGUGCCGCCAUUUUGUCAGCGUGGGGUGAGCGGCUGGAGCGGGUCGUUGGUCUCGGUGUGGUGUAAAAUGAUCGUGCUCUGGUGAUUGUGGCUCUCACACGUCGCUUUCGCGCUUGAGAGCGAGUGAUUCAGAUUUUUUUAAUAAGAGGGUUGAGGUUUCUGCAGGUGUGGUCUGAAUGAAGAAGUCGCAGCUGGUAUAUAGACAAAAUGGAAUCUCUGACUCCCUCACCAAACAUAGUAGACAUAAAUCUGAAGAUAACUCGUAUAGAAUGUCAUCCUGAAUGCUUGGUUAUAGUCUUCCAGGGUCAAUACAAGGCAGCAUGUGAGCUUGACUAUUACAUACUACAAAAUGAAAUACAACGUGUAUUCAAAGUAAAAGGUAAUGUUUGUGUUGGUGGAUCUUGUUUGGUGGAAGACACAAAAGGAAAGUGGCAUAGAGGAAGAAUUCUGGAAAAAAGAGACACUACCUGUGAGGCUUUUCUUAUAGACACUGGGCAAGUGCUGGUGGUUGAGGAGACGCAUCUUGCAGCUGCUUGUGAUGAUUUGUUUCAGCUGCCUCCAAAGGUCGUUUUGGGUGUUUUUGCAGGCAUACUUCCUCUUGGAGAAAAAUGGUGUCCAAAAGCCAUUAACUACUUUUCAUCUCUGGUAGGAUUACAGAUUACAGGUCAUGUGAAAGCUGUUACACCAUACCAACUGCUUAUUCUAGAAGUGCCAAAGAUCAUUAGUGAUGUUCUUGAACUGAAAUUAGGAAAAUUAAUUGAUGGAGAUUCCUUUUGUCUUAUCGUAGAAAUAUUAAGAGCAUUUCCCGAAGAAAUCCUUUGUAAGAGAGUGCCGCAUUUGUUGCAUCAGAUGUAUCCGAUCAAGGAGUUCCUUACUUUCAGUAGUUCUCAGAAACCAACAGAUUUUUGGCCAGUUCCAGAUGAUCUCUUUCCACGUCUACCUGUUGGCAGUAAAGAAAAUGUAAAAAUAACUGCUGCAGUAAACCCAAAUAAAUUUUACUGUCAGAUACAGAAAUGGCAGAAAGAGCUGGAAGAUUUGACAGGAGCAAUGCAUUUGUACUAUGAAGCUAUCAGUAGAGAAAAUAACAACUCUCUUGAUAGUUUAGGGCUACUCUGUGCUGCCAAAAGGCAAAAUGGACAGUGGCAUAGAGGAGUGAUAAAACAGCUUCUUGCUGACAGUGUGGAAGUCUGGUUUAUGGAUUUUGGCAAUAUUGAAGCUGUGUCAUCGAGUUGCAUUCAGAAACUUAAAGUGGAGUUCAUGGCAUUACCGAUGAUUUCAUUUCCAUGUGCUCUGUCUUGUUUUGGUGGUCAGGAUGAAACAGUAAUAAAAAUGCAGCUGAAAGAACUUACAAAGGCCUUGAUAAGACAAACUACUGUGUAUGUCCAUGUUGAUUUAUUCAGUGACAUGAAACGCCUGUAUUAUAUUACACUGCAAAAUCAAAAUCUUGGAAUUAAAAGUAAGCAUCUAGAAAACCUAAAUGAGACAGCUGCAUCACGUGUCUCUCUUCUGGAAACAAAAAUCACAAGCAUUGGUGUAAACAGCAAGCCAUGUGAUGAGAGUUACAACUCUUUUAAGAAUUGUACUGGAAAAAUAUAUACAAAAAACUGCUUACCUGAACGGGAUAUUUCUUUGUCAAGCCACUACAAAAGAGUAGAAAUGCAAAUGAAUUCUUUCCAUACUGCUUUGGUGGUAUAUGUCAUAAAUCCAUCUGACUUCUGGAUUCAAACAGACAAAUAUCAGGGUGAAUUUCAAGCCUUGAUGAAAAAUAUUGCAGAGACAUAUAACCAAUGUGGAGCUGAUGAAAUGGUCCUUAAAAAUCCAGAACCUGGAUUGCUGUGCUGUGCCCGCUACAGCAAGGACAUGCGUUAUUAUCGGGGUGUUGUCAUUGAAGUGCUUCAUGCAAAUAUUACUGUUUAUUUUUUGGACUUUGGAAAUAUAGAUACAGUACCCUGUCAUGAUGUGAAAACAUUGCUUCCUCAGUUUUCUGAUUUACCAGCUUUAGCUACAUAUUGUACACUUGCUUGCACAUUUCCUGUUGAUGGUGUGUGGGUUAAAAGGGAAAUUGAUUUCUUCAAAGACAUUGUGUUUAACAAGCUACUCUUACUUCAUGUCAUUGGAAAGCAAAACAACAAGUAUGUUGUUAACAUACAUUAUAAGAAUGGCAUGCAACAAGAAAAUAUUGCCAUGUGUAUGGUUCAGGCUGGUUAUGCUGAAUACCGGGAAAAGACACCAGAUUCUGUUUUAAAUUUGGGAAAAAAAGGUCAAGACCAGAAUCCCUACAAAUUAAAGAAAAAAAAAGUAAAUGCUCAGAGUGUCUGUAAUGUUCGUAAGAACAAGGUAUCUGUAAAUGGAGAGAGAUUUCAGAAGGAAAAAUCAUUAAGUGUGCCUUCAGAGCUGAGAGAAUAUGUUGUGCUGUCCUGUUUUGGAAAAGGUGCUAUCUCUAAAAGCUGUAAAUUGGCCAAUGAGAAAAAAUUACUUUAUAAAGAAUUUGUGUUUAAACCAGGAGCUGUUUUUGAAGUGAUGUGUUCUUGCAUUGUUUCCCCAGCAGAUUUUUCAUGUCAGUUGCAAAGCAAACUGGCAGAGCUAAAUGAAUUAAUGGAACGAAUUCAGGCUUACUAUGAAGAACAUACCAGCCCUUACGAAACUGGACAGGUAGCCUGUAUUGUUAAAUGGCCCAAAGAUGGAAAGUGGUACAGAGCAGCCGUUGUGCAGCAAGUAUCCACAAACGAAGUUGAUGUAGUUUUUGUAGACUAUGGUUAUCGGGAAAGAGUUUUAAUUAAAGAUCUUCAAGCUGUUCUUCCAGAUUUCCUAGCUUUGGAAAGUCAAGCUUUUCGAUGUGCACUUAAAAAUGUGCCCUUGCAGACUGACUCACCUAGUUGGUCUGAAGAAGUGUGCAGGCAUUUUGAAGACUUCAUUUCUGUUUCUAGAGGAUCACUGACUUGUGUAAUUCAUGCUCUCAUUCUUGUAAGCCCCAACUCUUUAUGCAAUAUAGUUGACUUACAGACUCCACUUACUAGCGCAGAGGAAUUCCUUAGAGAACGUGGUCUUAACCAGUCUGAAUAUAUUGGUCUAACAAACCUUGCAUCUUUGGGUUCUCUGUACAGUUUUUGCUACUCAUCUUUUAAUAUAAAAAUUGGAAGUGAGGAGGAGAUCUAUAUAACUCACAUACAUAGUCCUUCAAAAUUCUAUUGUCAGCUUAAUCGAAACACUGAAACUAUAGAGGCAUUGAUGAAGAAGGUUGAUGUCAUAAGUAAAAUGUCAAAUAAUGCAAAAUAUGACACCAGCAAUACGCAAUUAUGUUUAGCCAGAUAUUUUGAAGAUGGUCUGUUUUAUAGAGCUUUGGCUCGUCCUGUGAAAUCAACAUCGUAUCUAUGUGCGGACUUUGUGGAUUUUGGAAAUAAGAAUAUGGUAGAGAGGGAGCAGUUGAUGCCUAUUCCAGACUCUGCCACUGACUUAUUAUUCACACCCAUGCAAGCUAUUAAAUGCUGUCUCUCAGAUCUUAGGGAGACAAGAAUUCCAGCAAGAGUUACGAGAUGGUUUGAGGAUACAUUCUUUGGUAAAUUGCUGAAGGCUGUCAUUGUAUCUAGAGAAUCAGAUGGACAGAUUGUUGUGGAGUUGUAUGAUGGACAGGUCAAAGUAAGUACAAAAAUUAAAGAAAAAAUAUUGGAAGAAUUUGCACCGGAAAAUGCGGAACAAUUAGUUGUAAGUGAUGGAUGUGUCAUGUGUCAAAUGGAAGAUGACAAAGAAAUUAAUAAAGUAAACAUUACAGAUCUUGAAAGUGUUAAAUCGAAAACUGAAGUGAAAUGCCAAGUAUAUGAUAAGUAUCAUCAGACAGGUAUGGGAGAGAAUUUUGAAGAUGAAGAGCAAACUGUAUGUAGCACACGGAAGUCAUGUAGUGGGUCCUCAAAACUGCUAAAUUUACAAGACAGCAAAGACCCAGGUUCUAGAAAUACUGUCAGUGCUGUUCUGGAGGACAGAGUGGAACCUCUGGUUGGAGAGCAUGUUUCUCAAUCACUCUGUCAUCCUGCUUUAAAUUCAAAGGAAAUAACUGUAAGUGACCUCUCUGAAUCUCAUAACGAAAGACUAAAUUACACAGGUCAGCAGGAAAGGAGUAAUGAAAAUAUACCUAAAUUAAUCAGUCUUCCUCAACGUGAAAUUCAGGUGAAUUCUGAAGUGACAGGGUAUAUUUCUCAUACAAAUAGUCCAUUGAGUUUCUAUGUUCAUUUUGCAGAGGAUGAAAACUUAAUAAUACAACUAGCAGAAGAAUUAAAUGAAAGCAUGGUGAAUGUAGGUAACAGAAAUUGCUUAGAUGAGCUCAUGGUAGGGGAUCUCGUUGUAGCGGAGUAUGACACUGAUUGUUUUUACUAUAGAGCAGUUAUUAAAGCUCUGAAAUCGGGAAACUGCCUUGAGGUAGAGUUCAUUGACUAUGGUAAUACAGCCAUUUUAAGUCCUUCAAAAAUCUGCAGGAUUCAGGAGAAGUUCUUAACUUUGCCGAGGCUCAGUGUUCAUUGUUUCCUUAGCAGAGUAAAAAGUGUUCCUGAUGAAAGCUGGACUAAUGAAAGUACUUCCUAUUUUGUAAGCAAAAUAAAUAACAAGCCAGUUGCUUUCAAGUUCUUAGAGCAACACGGAGAUCAAUGGGAAAUAGAUGUAAUUUGUGAUGGAAAGUCUAUGUCUGACCUUUUGCACAAAAAGAGCGAGACAAGGUGUCAAAGUGUACCAGUGCGUAAUGAGGAAAAUAGACCAAAACAAGUUGUGGUUACAAAUGCUAAUACUCAAGAUAGAAAGCCAGGGAAUUGUUUAGGUGGUCUAAGUAAAACUAAGGCUGUUACAAUGAAAAAUACCAAAACACCCUUAAAUGUUGUUCCUCAAGAUCUAAAUUCUGAACAAGUAGAAAGAGCAGAAGUAAUUAGUAUUUCAGAGAGUGGAGAAUUUCAUGUACAGUUACUUAGAAAUUUGCAAAUAUUACAUGAGUUAAAUGUAAUGCUUGUCAAAGAAGCACAAAGAAGUGAUUUGCUUAAAGUGGAUGACAUUAGAGAAGGAUUGGAAUGUAUGACAAAAUCUGAAAGGAACUUAAAGUGGUAUCGAUCAAAAGUGAUAAAGAAAUUUGCCAAGGAGAAGUUAAUGCUAGUUUUUUUCAUAGAUUAUGGCAAGUGUGAGAUGGUAUCCUUAAAUAAUGCAAAAAUGCUCAGUGACAAGAUUAAAAGUAUUCCUAAACAAGCUGUAUUUUGUAAAUGGGUUUGGAUUAAAAAACUGAAGAACGUUCAAUUUGUACAUGUAGCAAAUGCACUCCAGGAUCAUGAAAUAAGGAUCUUGUUUUUGAGAUACUUGGAAUCCUCUCAUAUUUGGGAAGUAGAUAUUUUAAUAGGGAAAAUUCUACUUCAGGAGUAUUUGAACCAGCUCUUAUGUCAUUGUCAGACUACCGUUACACCAGAAAAAUCCAGUAAUGCAGACUGUAAGGAGUUGGAUACAUCAUUUAAGAUAGAUUCAGUCACAUGGACGCUGAUGCAGAGUGGCAGAAGGUAUCCUGGGUUUGUGACUGCGGUUACUGAUCCUUCAAACUUCUGUGUCCAGUUUGAAGUCUUAUUUGAUUGCAUGAACAACUUGUCUUUGCUGCUUUCUGACCUUCCUGACGACUUGCCAGCUUUGCCAACAGAACUUGUGGCUCCUGGUGCUAGAUGCUUGAUCAAAUUUGGACUGGAUGAGCAGUGGAACAGGGCAGAAAUUAGUGAAGCAACAGGUCAGUCUGUUGUUCUUACAUUUAUUGAUUAUGGCUUUCUGAAGAGCAUCCCUUACUGUGAUAUUCAUAAACUUAAAGUUAUUCCAGAAAGUCUGUCUUAUUUACCACGCUUGGCACAUUACUGCUCUUUACAUGAUACAGUUCCUGCUAAGGGGGAACACUGGAGUGAUGAAGCUAAGCUUCUGUUUCAGAAGCUUCUUAGUAAACCAGGUCUGAUAUUUCAUUUUAAACACUAUGGCUCUGGAAUGAAAUUAGAGGUGGAUGUUAUGUAUGAGGGAAACAAUCUUGCUCAUGCUUUAAUUGCUGCUGGCCAUGCAGUCCACUUUAGAGGUAGGUGCUGCCUCAUUAACAGAAUUAAAACAGAAAAAACAAAUUUGCAGCCUAAGUGUCCAAAUUCUAGUUACUAUUCUUCCCUUUGUGAACCAGAUUAUGACAAAACCUCUGAUUUUGCUGACAAAAAGAAGUGAAACAAAAAAGUAUCUGAAGCAUAGGACUACCUGUGACAGAGUGUUAAUAAGGAAGGUCUGGUAAAAUGGGUGUUGGAAUAUCCUUAACAAAGGAUCUGAGUUCAUGUUACUAAAAGAGAAGAAAAACUACAGAAGAUAGUACUGUGAAGAAGUGUUUUUUUCAGCAUUGUGAUGACAAGUAAAAUUGAC